GUAUGUCGACUCUGUGGACAGUUUUGGGUUCACCCCGCUUCACUACGCAACUUGGGCCGACCGCAAGUCUGUCAUGAUGCUGCUGGUGGGGUUCGAUGCCGACAUCAUUGCCAGGUCUCAGGUGCUUCAUAAGGCCCUGUACAACCUGCCCCCGGGCUCCACUCCGCUACACAUCGCCUGCCUGAUGGGCGACCUGGACCGAGUCAAACUGCUGCUCAGGGCGUACUACGAGACGACAGCUGAUUUGCUCCCCAGUCAAACUGCCCUUUUGAACACGGCGGAGCGCCGGCGCCGAGCUCGCAGCCACCCCGACCCGCGGUUCAUCCUGACCCGCACCCAGAAACUGCCCUUCCACAUCGCCGCGAGAGCCGGCCACCGGCACCUGCUGGACUGGUUGGAUCCCUCCAUCCCGCUGAUGUUCCUGCUCGGGGGGGAGGAGGGGGAGACCGCGGCUCCAGGCGGUCCAGGGGAGGGCCAGCAGCAGCAGCAGCAGCAGGGGGCCGGGGGUUUGGUGGCGCUGGUGGGGGUGUCCAGGCUAACGGUCAUAGCCGCCAAGGCGCUACAUCGAGCCCUAGUGGCCUCCCUGGACUCGGCCGAAGAGGACAUUCGACGCCACGAGGCGGCCGCGGCAGCGGCGGCGGCGCGGCGGCGGCGGCGGGAGGAGCGGCGGCUGGCUAAGGAGGCAGCGGCGGCGGCGGCGGCGGCGGCGCUUAAGCAGGGCAAGAACACCCUCCCUGGAGCGAAUGUGGAUACCGGGAGCACGGGGUUGGGGGGCCGACUACGACGACUGUUGGCGGCACGAGGGCGGCAGGAGGGGGAAGGAGGAGGUGGCGGCAGCGGCGCCGCCGCCGCCGCCGCCGGUCGCGAGUCUGGCGGGUUCGGGUGGCGGCCUUGGCGUAGUCGUACAGUCCGGCGGGGCCGGAAGAAGGCGACAGGCGCUCCGGCCGGGGUUGCGGCGGCUGUAGCAGAACCGGUGGCGGCACCGGCGACAUUGAGUACGGCACUGGGUAACUCUUCGCAGCGUUCACCGCGGCGGCGGAGGCGGCGGAGCGCGACGGGUGUGACGGGGCGCGUGGCAGCGCCGACGGGGGUAGCGGCGGCGACGACGACAACAGUUGCGCAAUCCGCUGACGGCGUUGAGUCCCUUGGCGAUGGUGGCGAUGGCGUCGCCGCGGUGUACGGCAGCAACGAGUCCGCCGUGGAGCCGUCGCAGCCUCCUGAGGCGCUGCAGCCGCCGGGCCCCCCCAGCGGCAUCGGCAUCCUUAACACCAAUCUGCGCCUCCGUAUCUUCCGUAGUAGCAACAGUCAACGACAACAACAGCAACGAUCUUCCCGCAGCGAACGGGAAGAUGGGGCCGGCAGUAGCACAGCCGCGGACGGUCUCGACGGGUCCUCUCAACCCGCAGGUCCCAGCGCCGCUACUGCCGCCGCAGCAGCAGCGCCGCCUGCUGCUGGUAAUGUCGGUGGUGGCGGCGGCACUGCCGUACUGGGUUCCCCAACCGGUGUGGCCGACGGCAGCGGCGGCAGCGGCGGCGGCGGCGGCCUGGCGCUGAGCUUGACUCGUACCGUGCUACAGCGGCUGUAUCGUGUGUCCUCAAGCCGUCAAAGCAACGGCGCUGCAACCUGGGAUGCUGCUCAGGCUCAGCAGCUGAACGAGCGGCUCAUGAGGGCGGGUAUCACCAUCCCGGACGGCCCAGAUGAAGCGGUGGCGUACUUCACGUUGCAGCAGGAGCUGCCGCAGCGGAACGCCGCUGCCGCUUCACAGGCGGCGGAGGCGGCUGCCUCAAAUCCAGGCGGACCUCUUUUCGAUUCGGAACCAGAUCUGGCUCCGGAACCAAAUCCAGAUCAAGAUCUUCUCAGUCCCGCCCUCAGCGCCGCUGACCCGCUUCCGAUUCGGUCUGCGGGCGCAUCCCGGGCGCCCUCCUGCCGUACAUCCUUCCAGCUCCCAGGCACCGCUGCCGGUGCCACCUCUGGAUCCGGAUCUGGGUCUCGUCGGCCGUCGUCGGGCCUUAUCCCGCCGUCGGUGUUGCCGCCAGGCCAACGGCGGCGGAGCCGGAGCAGCCUGUCGGAUGACGGCGGCGGCGCCGCCGCCGCCACCGUUGCCGCCGGCGGCACCAGCAGCUCAGAGGAGCGACAGCCCCAGCCCCGACAGCACGCUGCUGCUGCGGCGGCGGCGGCUGUGGACGACCUUCCGCUGCUUUCAGACCAUCCGGGGGAGAUGGAGACCGCUGUAGCAGCUGCAACAGUUGCUGCUGCUGGGGGAUCCGACAUCACCCAUGGGACUACCGUUACUGCGGCGGCUGCGGGGGAAGGUGCCGGCGGCAACGGCCGUACGACAGCG